AUGCAGGACGGUGACCACGACGCGUUGCAUUUGCCCAUUCUAGGCGACUCUUCUACCGGAGCUUCUCAGGGAGAGACCAACAACAGGUUGCUCGUCGUCGCUACGCUUGCUGCUAUUGUCCUUGCAGGUUCGGCCAUUGUUUACCGCACGCGGCCCUUGUACUCUUUGAUCGGGCCUACACAAAGUGAUUCUGGCCCGAAGGAUGCUGCGCAAAAGGUGAAGGAGGUGGAGGGCUCGCAGGGUGAAGAAAAGGGGGCUGAGCGUGUACAAGGAGCGUCGAGUGGAGGAGGGUUUGAAACCGGGACAGGUGUCCACAACGGAAGCAGUUCAUCUCUGGUCCCAGGUUCUCCUGCUAGGAUGGCUGACGAGUUCGACACCAAAGAAUCGAAAAGUUCGCGUUCCAAAGAUCGCCGGAGGCGGGGGAAGGAUCCACUCAAGGAAAUCUUGAAGAGCGAGAAGAAGUCCAAGGGUCUGGGUAGCCCGACUAUUUCUGCCAAGGAUCCCUCAUUCGCGAAAUCACCCGCAGGCAAGGAUCCAUCGUCCCCUUCAUCGCCAAUGUCCUCUCUGUUUUCUGACUCCCAGCUCACCCGAACGGAUAAUGCAAAGAACAACAAAACAAGGCGGGUACCUCAGCGAGAAAAAUCCAAUAUCGGACCCGAUGACACCAUGUCACAGGCACAGGGAAGCGCGCCUGGCAGUACUUCGGUGACGCUCUCUCGUGGAACCUCAGAGUCCAUUCCUACCUCCGAGAAUUUGCAGAAACAAUACCCAAAUGAUCGUCAUGACAGCCCUUCAUCCUCCUCGCCGUCCUCCCAACCUCUACCUCCCUCAGAUCCCAACUCUCACCCCUAUACUACCCAUCAUAAUCGUCCUCCUUCGUCAUUGGCAUCUGACGAUGGGCAUGGCAGACCUUUGUCAUCGAUGUCGUUCUCGACCACCUCAUCAGCAACGUCUGGACACUUCAACAAUGUUGAACAUCACGACGAAGUACCAGAAUGGGAUAACAAUGCUGAUGACACAUAUUCCACAGAGAAGCGGAAUCGCACUCAGGCACGACUAUCGCGCUUGGCGAGCAAGGAUGAUGAAGCCGACCAACCACAUCGCUCUUCCUCUUUCCCCCCCUCCACUAUUGACAACUCAGCCUCUUAUAUGCCAUCCUCUUACGCCACAUCUAACUCCAAUUUCACAUCCCAUAGCGUGUCAUCAAGUGUUUCUGCUUCAACCGAAACGACUAACGCUGCUGCGAGUACGAGCUCUAGCCUCAUCCUCAGCACAGGAGAGAUGACCCCUGCAACCUCGCCGACAUUAUCACACGACUCCGUCUCGUUAAAAACCAUAUUGGCAUCGCAAGGCGCUGUUCAGGAGGAAAGUGAUGAUGCCCAUGCAAACCGUGCAUCUUCCUCGCUGUCUUCUCAUAACGCUGACUCCAUCGGUGUCAUUCCUACAAAAAGGAUGAAAGCGCGCAAGAAAACCUCUACAGCCAACAUGAACAAAGGAAGUUCACACAACCCGUGGGAUUGGGAUGGUGCUGGUGAUGCACCUUCCCCUUCAUCUUCCCACUUCCCGGAGGGUGAUAGUAUUGCUGAGAACGAGACAGGGAAAGAUAAGGAGACAUACCAGAAACCACCGCGACUGCAGCAGAGUGGGGCUUCAACUUUAAAGGGCGCGUCAUUUUCUGCUGUUGCCGCGAGUCGGUUGCCAGCGAGUUCGACCCACCCUACAUCAUUACAUUCCCCGACAUCAUCGAGUUUCGGGCAAUCAGUAUCUGGCUCCGGAUUGCCUACAUCCACAACUGCUGCGCCUGGGAGCGUAAAUAGAACAUCCCCAUCACUAGGGAGCGAAAGUGGACUUACCUUGGGUGAGCUAACAGAAAGAGACGAAGAGGAGGCGUUUACGUUCCCUACAUUGAACCCUACACCGCCGAUUGCUGGUCCCAGUCGCACGCGUCCUACUCUGUCUGACAUUAAUAAUAAUAUUAGCAACAAUACUAGCACCAUUUAUAAUAGUUCGUCGACGUCGAGGCGAGCACCUACACCGCGCAGACCUCCUACUCCAUCCCAUAACAACUCCACACCGCCACCGCAUCCCUCAUCCUCUUCCUCCUCAUCACCGCGUCUUGGCCACACCAGCUUGAAUUCUCCCACGUCACAUUCUGCAAGCAAUGGAAGCAGCAUGCCUGCCCUAUCGACGCAGACGCAGCUGGCCUCCCUGAGAGGCGCCUUGGAGGCGGCAAGGUUAAGAGAAGAGAAAAAUAAGCAAGAAAUUGAAAGGUACGCGAAAGAGAUGGAAAUUCUCAAGUGGGAGAAUGUGAACUGGAGAAGAGGUGAAGUCGAGCUUCAAGCGCAUAUACGACAUUUGACACAUCAACUUCAGUCAUACGCUGCUCUUUACGCCUCUGUUGCUCCUCAACUUCCUCAGCAGCAACAACAGCCACAGCAGCCCAAUGGGACUUCUGGAACCUCCAGCCCUGCAAAUGCAGGGUCCAGCGCGUCAACUUCUGCUAACGUAAAUGGAUAUGGCCCUACAACAGGGUCCAAUUCAGUGCCUGCUACGCCACAGACUUCGUCAUCAGUCUUAAGCCCGACGCCUCAGCAGCCCCAACCCUCUUCGACACAACCUCCCCCUGCACCUACUCCUUUGCACCUUCAGCAGAUGCUUUCCAAUAUGCAGAUGAACGGCAUGUCAUCACCUGCUGCCGUGAUGUCCCCCAUCUCUAUCUCCACGCCACCCCUUAUGAAUGUGCACCCAGGUGCUCCUUUCUUCCCUUAUGGGAUGCCCCCACAGCAUACCCCUCCUCAUCCAAUGAUGAUUCAUGCUCAGCAGAUGCAGUUCCUUCAGCAGCAGCAAUAUCAACAACAGCAGCAAGGCACAGCUCAGCCCUCGCCUCAUCAAGCCAACAUCUUUUCCUCAAUAUUCCCGCCUGGUCCCCCGCCCUUGAUGUCUCCUCACCAACAACACCAGUACUCGGCAUAUAUUGCUUCUCAGCAAGCCGCUGCAUCUGUUUCGACGGCAAAUCCGUAUGGCAGCGGGCCAUCGAGUGCUACGGGUUCGAGCGGGUCUCUCUCGCCUGAUUUGACGGGUUCCCCCACGCCUGGCGGAAUGAAUGGGGCACGUAGGACGAAAACUAGGACCCAGACGGCAGGUAGCGGAAUGUCGAGUAGAGCCGCAUGGGAUGAUACUAGUGAUGGUUGGCUUGGCGUUGGUGGUGCGGAGGAAGGGGAAGACCAGCAUGUGAUGGGUGGCGAGCAGGCUGCUGCGGGUGACAGGCUGGAAAGAGAGGAGGAGGAAUAUGGUGAAGUCGGGAUCAACUCUAUUCUGGCGGAUGCUAUAUUGAAACGGCCGGCGAGCAUUCGCGUGCGGUCGUCGUCGAGGAGGGGCAAGUUGGACAUGGAGAAGGGGAGCGACGCUUCGCAGGAACAUAGCGCUUCCCCCACCGAUAAGCCUGAGCCUGAACAGUUGACGGAGUUUACGUUUCCGUCUUUGUCGAACCUGGGAAAUGUGAACUAUAGGAGCGAUGUGAUUGCGGUCAACGGCGGAUUGAGCUCGUCGUCUUCAUCUGUGGCAUCGCCUCAGGUUCCCUCGCCUCACAUUCAUGAUGAUACAACCGCCGUAGAUAUAUCAUCGAACGGACAAGCAGCGGAUGAAGUCGGAGCGAUAACUUCCAACAGUACCACUAACGAUACAAAGCCUUUGAAGGAUGAGGCCGUGGAGCUGUCACUUGAAUCUAUCGAAACAACUUCUAAUUCUGAGUCAGACACUACUCCCCGCAAGGAGGCUCCGGAAACGAACUCGACGAACCUAGAACAUGAACCAUGUAAAACUCAGGAGACGAACGGCCUGUCUGUUGGGCAAUAA